GUCGAGAUAGGAGGCAGUUACAAAGUAUAACGUUUACUGCUACUACUACUAGGCUGCAAACGUCAAAGUUUGACACGUUGGUAUUCGUUACAACGAUCAACAAUGGAAACUAAUGGUGUGAAUCAUUCCUCUGAGAAGGGUGCUCUUCUUUACAAGUAUUCCAGUGCUGACUUUGCUUAUACAGCUAGCAGCUGCCACAAUAAUGCUAAAUGCAAAUCGUUCAAAAUUAAGGAGACGGCCAGAAGACUUUCGCAAAAUUCAAGAGCCUUGUGACCCAAAGAGAUUUAAUUUUACCAAAAUAAAGCCACAGGAAGUUUUAGUGGAGAUGCAGUACUGUGAGACAUGCAUCAAGGAUCUUCAGUCAGAAAAGUGUGAACAUGAAAACUGUUUACAUGGGAGCUUGAUUAUCAAUGCAGCUCCGAUUUGUUUCAGCCAUAGCUUGAUAGUACCUUAUCUUGAUCAGCUUCGGCCUCAGGUUACAGAGGAUGAAGGGUUGACAUUAGCUCUGCAUACUGUUCUUUUGGCUCAGUCCUCAGACUUUCGUGUUGGUUUCAAUUCUUUAACGGCAUAUGCAUCUGUUAAUCACCUUCACUUCCACAUGUAUUAUUUGCCUCAUCAUCUCUAUUUGGAAACUGCUGUGAGUAAUAUGGAACAGUCUGAUUUUUAA